AUGACCUCGAAACAGUUGCCAAUCUCAUACGCACAGAUGGCGGGGAAGUCUCUCGUUGUACCGACGGAUGUAACGCAGGCGGAAGCGGUGGAGACUUUGGUCAAUCGAGCGUUAGCAGCUUAUGGUCAAAUAGACAUCCUUGUGAACAAUGCAGGAACCGGUGCCUUCGAGAUGGUUGUCGAUUCAGAUCCGGAGGUAUGGACGCAGGUGGUCGCCUCCAACCUCAAAAGCACCUAUCUUUGCUCGAAAUACGUGCUACCCUCUAUGCUGGCACGUCAAUCUGGUCAAAUUAUCAACGUGCUGUCGAUUGCCGCGAAAGUUGCGUUCAAAGCCUCAAGCGCGUAUUGUGCAGCAAAGGCAGGAGCACUAGCGUUUACAAAGGUUUUAGCGGAGGAGGUCCGGAGUGAGAAUAUCCGUGUCACAGCGGUCUCUCCCGGCUCGGUCGAUACGCCAUUCUGGGCUGGGAUUGAGGGACAUCCUGACCUGAAUUUGAUGUUGAAGCCAGAACAUGUCGCAGAGACCAUUCUUUUUGUUGCGACGCAGCCGGCUGGUAUGGUUACCGACGAGAUUGUCGUAACACCACCGCUUGGCAUUCUAUGA